UGGGCGCUGGGCCCGGCCUCGCCUCCCCGGCUGGCUCCGUCUUCGGUCGCCGCUUCCCGGCCCCGGCCCCGGUCUGGCCGCGUGGGGCCCUCGGCGUGCAGGCCGGAUGCUCCCUGUCCCCACCAUGAGUGAGUUGGGGUCGCCCCACCCCAGCAGAGACCGGGCCCCCUGACACCUUCCCGAGUCCCCCGAGCGCUCAGCCCCGUCAUGUCGCAGGCCGGAGAGGGGCCGGACCGAGGCGCCCGGCCCAAGGAGAGCUCGGGCGAGGCCGGGGACCGGCGCGGCGGACGCAGGAGAGCAAAGCUCCCGGAGACCCCGGCGGGGCAGGACUCCGAGGGGGCCGAGCCGGGCCGGCGGGCGGGGCGCUCGCUGCGGCAGAGGAUACAGGAUGCGGUGGGCCAGUGUUUCCCCAUCAAGGGGCACGGCGGGGCCCGCUCCCCCGAAUUCUCCCCUUCCCAGCGCAAGAUCCACCUGCGGGAACUGAUGCUGGAGACCUGCCCCUUCCCCGCCGGCUCGGAGCUGGCCCGCAAGUGGAACCUCAUCAAGCAGCACACGGCGCCCGUGUCGGCCCAGGAGGGGCUGGCCUGCGGCGGGGCGGGGCCGGCGGAGGACGAGGACGACCGGCUGCGGGAGCGACGGCGCAUUAGCAUCGAGCAGGGGGUGGAGCCGCCCCCGGACGCCAUGAUCCACACCUUCGAGGCCACGGCGCAGAUCAACCCGCUCUACAAACUGGGGCCCAAGCUGGCCCCUGGCAUGAACGAACUGGCCGGGGACAACUGGGCCACCCUGGCCCCCCAGGAGGAAGAAGAGGAGGAGCUGGUGGCGGCGGUCCCGGAGCCGGAGCUUCGCGUCCACACCCAGAUCGACUACAUCCACUGCCUGGUGCCGGAUCUGCUGCAGCUGACGCGGCUGCCCUGCUACUGGGGGGUGAUGGAUCGCUACCAGGCCGAGGCCCUGCUGGAGGGGAAGCCGGAAGGGACCUUCCUGCUAAGGGAUUCGGCCCAGGAGGAUUAUCUCUUCUCGGUCAGUUUCCGGCGCUACGGCCGCUCGCUCCACGCCCGGGUCGAGCAGUGGAACCACAACUUCAGCUUCGACGUGCACGACCCCGGCGUCUUCCACGCCCCCACCGUCUCGGGCCUGCUGGAGCGGUACAAGGACCCCAGCGCCUGCAUGUUCUUCGAGCCCCUGCUCUCCCGCCCCGUGCGCCGGCCCUUCCCCUUCGCCCUGCAGCACCUGUGCCGGGCCGUGGUGGCCGGCUGCACCUCCUACGACGGCAUCGGCCGCCUGCCCAUCCCCGGCGCGCUCCAGGAGUACCUCAAGGAAUACCACUACAAGCAGAAGGUGCGGGUGCGGCGGCUGGACACCCGCUGGAACUGAGCCCAGCGCCCUGCCCGUGGCUUUGGUCCUCUGGGCCACGGCCCAAAGACGAGGGGCGUGGGGCUGGCUCCAGGAUCAGGGCCGAUACGGGGAGAUAUUGCCCGUGAACUUUCUGCCUUUUACAGCAGGUUCUGGGCCCCCCGUGCUCUGGACAGUCGGCCUCAGCUGGGGGCGGAACCGUUCCCCCCCCACCCCCUGGCCUAGGAAGGGGAAGCUUCGUUAAAGGAGCCCCUGCCCCAAAGACGCAGCCGGAGCCCCAAUCAGCUGUUUUAUUUAAAGGGACUGGGCUGCUGGAAUAAAGUCUUGUUGCUGUGACUGUAA